GCUAGACCCAGAUUUUAGACCCCAGAUUUUAGACCCCAGAUUACAGACCCCAGUGGCAUCCGUGUAUGUGGCUUUUGUUGCGCGAAAUGACGCAUUUGCGUGUAUAUGUCACGCACAAACGCGUACAUCUGCAUUGUGCUGCUGCUUUUAUGUGUUUGUGCUGGGCAUCGCAGAAGGUGGAAAUGGAAAUGAGUUUGGUGAGUUUGGUGAGUUUGGUGGAAAUCAAACCAAAAUCCUUUGAGGAAAGUGCGAUCAACUUUUCACCAGGUAAUAGACCUGUUCUUUUCUGAAUUUUAAACUGCAUUUUCAAUGAAUGACACUGGGCUUAGUUGCACUAAAGUCGUUGUUUGAUAUGAUAUCGCAAUGGCUAAAGCUGGUAUCAGUCACUGAGCAAAUGACUCCAAUUUAGCCAUGAUUUGAAGGUCAAACACAACUCUGGAUUUAUUGACUUUUUUGUGGAGGGUCUUUGAAGCUAAUUGAAUCCAUCUGUAAUGACUUUUAACAUCAUUAUUUGCAG